AUGGUAAGAAAACGUGAAUGUAUCUCUAUUCAUGUGGGCCAAGCUGGGGCUCAGAUUGGCAAUGCAUGUUGGGAGUUGUACUGUCUGGAACAUGGGAUCCAGCCAGACGGACAGAUACCCAGUGACAAGACCACUGGAGGAGGAGAUAACUCUUUCAAUACCUUCUUCGGUGAGACAAGGGCAGGAAAGCAUGUUCCCAGAGCCAUCUUUGUCGACCUGGAACCUACUGUCAUCGAUGAGGUGCGUACAGGAACCUACCGGCAGCUGUUCCAUCCUGAGCAGCUGAUUACAGGAAAGGAAGAUGCUGCCAACAACUACGCCCGUGGACACUACACCAUCGGCAAGGAGAUCAUUGAUCUGGUUCUUGACAGGACUCGUAAACUGGUGAGAGUUUAG